AUGCCAAGAAAUGAAGAGGCCUGGAAAGAAAUCGCAUCAAAUUUUAAUAGCCGAUGGAAUUUCCCAAAUUGCUUAGGUGCAAUAGAUGGUAAACAUGUAGCGAUUAAAAAACCAGCAAAUUCAGGUAGCCACUAUUUUAACUACAAAAAGACUCCCAGCAUAGUGCUGAUGUUGAUAGCUGAUGUAAACUACGAAAUUAUAAUGGCGGAUAUUGGAUCAAAUGGUAGAAUUUCAGAUGGUGGAGUCUUUACCGCAACAAAAUUUUAUGAAAGACUUCAAGAAAACAGAUUAAAACUCCCAGAUCCAAUAGAACUACCAAAUUUUCCAGAAAAGGUGCCAUACGUAUUUAUAGCAGAUGACGCUUUUCCUUUAAAAGAACAUAUAAUGAAGCCAUAUAGCCGAAGGGCUUUAACAUUGGAAGAGGACAUUUGUAAUUACAGGUUUUCCAGAGCUCGACGGAUUGUUGAGAAUAUUUUCGGAAUUUUGGCCUCAAGAUUUCGAGUUUUAUUAACUACGAUAAAUUUAUCCCCCGAAAAAANGGGAAAAUAUUUCUGA